AUGGAACCGAAUCCGCUGCCGUUGGAAGUGGACGACGAGGGCCGUCCGCCCCAAGGUUCUUCUACUGGAAGCGGUUCAUCGUCGGGCACGGGAUAUUAUGCACAGAAGAACGGUGAAUGGCGCGGCGAUAAGAGGAUGUUGGACAUAACCAGAGAUAAGCCCGUCAAAGUUUGCGUGCGUGUUGUGGUUCCGGUUCGAGAUCAUCCUAAAUUUAACUUCGUCGGUAAGCUGUUAGGACCGAAAGGUAACUCUCUGAAGAGGCUUCAAGAGGACACUAUGUGCAAGAUGGCUGUUCUUGGACGUGGUUCCAUGAAAGAUCGUCAAAAGGAAGAAGAGCUUCGCGUAUCAGGGGAUCCGAAGUUCGCGCAUCUCUCCGAAGAGCUGCACGUCGAGAUAAGCGCCUUCGCCACACCGGCCGAGGCGCACGCGCGCAUAGCUUAUGCAUUGGCUGAGCUGCGGAGGUUCCUCGUACCGGAUUACAACGACGACAUAAGACAAGAGCAGAUGCUGGAAAUGCAGAUAUUGUCCUCGCAAAAUGAACAGCGGAGACUGACCCCUCCGAAUUCUUCUAGAAGCGGCAGUGAGGAGACCCUACCGCUGAGGGAUGCGACACCAAAGCAAAGAAUGCCAAACGUUCAGCCGGCUCCCGUGCCGACGUCUCAUCCGGCUGCCAUCGCGAUAAACCACGGCCCGACCGCCAGGGAUUUCUCCCCACCAGCCCCUACACCGGCACCGGAACAUAUCCCCGCGACCCAUCACCAGAUAGCGGCCGGUCACCCAAGUCACGGGGUUCUUGUUGGAAGUGGCGUACUUCAGCAGCCGCCAACUCAUCAUUUACUCACGCAGAAUUCGAUACUAGGUGGCGGCGAUAUCCUAGGUCUGAGCAGCCCUGUGCUAGGUGGGGUUUUACACGCCCACCCUGCUUUGCGAGGCGUGAAGCCCGCGACUAUGCACGCCCUCGCGACGCAAGGCUUCCUCUACUAUAUGGUGCUGUGCCGGUGCAUUCUCCGGCGAGACUGCCCAUUCGCGCAACAGGAGUUGCAUCACCAGACGCUGAUGGAGCUCCUUCCAGGUGCGGGUGGGGCUGCGAGCGCGGCGCGCAAGCGGCCGCUGCUGGGUGGCGCGCGGGCGGCCAUGUCGCCGACUAAGCGCGCCGUCAUCUCGCUGCUGGCGCGCGCGCGCGCCGCCACCCACAAGCACGCGCCCGCGUGGCCGGCGCCGCACGAGCACUCAGCCCUACUGCCAUUGAUUCGCGACGAGUUUGUAACAGGCGUGGGGGUCAAUAUCAAUUUAGCC